UAAGCUGAACUAUAACGAGUCGUCCAUCCAGAAGCUGCUUUCUGUCUGCCAUCUGCUUGAAUCUAAGCGACUACAGCCCCCUCCCUGAGUGUGAAAAAUGGUGAAUUACAAAGCAACAGUGCACACUGCUGACCUUGACAACGCCGGCACUUCAAACGCUGUCUUCAUUAAGCUGGUCGGCACAGAUGGGGAGAGUAAAAGCAGGAUACUCAGAACAUUUAGUGGGGCUUCAUCGUUCAAAAGAGGAGCGGUGUCUAGUUUCACCGUGUCCUGCCCUGCCUCCAUUGGAAAGCUGGUCCUGAUAGAGCUGGAGAAAAAACAUUCCCUUUUCUCCCCCAAAAAAUCUUGGUUCCCUGCCAAGGUGGAAGUGAAAUCCCCUGAGGGAGAAACCUACAACUUUCCCAUCUACCACUGGAUCUCUGACAGCGAGGUGCACCGCUUCAGAGAGGGAACAGCUUUGAGAGUCUUUGAAGACAGCCAUCAUCAUGGCCUGUACAGUCGGGAGCAGGAGCUGUGCCAGCGAAAGAGAGACUAUCACUGGCAUGUGUAUGCUGAGGGGAUACCCCAAUGCCUGAAGGCAUUGGACAUUUGGCAUCUGCCUUCUGAGGUCAAAUUCUCAUUGCGCAAGGACUUGGAGGUUGUUUACACUCUACAGUCAGGGCUACUUCAACUGAAACUGGAGGGACUGGCUAAUUCCAAGGAGAACUGGUCUGAUAUUGAUGAUAUCAAUAAGGUGUUCUGCUCCAGGAAGACUGAAAUAUAUGACUAUGUCCGGCGUCAUUGGAAAGAGGACAGUUUUUUUGGCUACCAGUACUUGAAUGGUAUCAACCCCAUAUUGAUCCGACGCUGUUCAGCUCUGCCAGAUAACUUCCCUGUCACUGACAACAUGGUCUUCCUCGGUGGACAGUUUAGCUUGGCAGAUGAAAUGAAGAAAGGCAACAUGUUCCUGUGUGACUACAAGCGUUUGGAUGGACUAGAAGUAAACAACAUCGAUGGGAAGAGGCAGUACUUGAUGGCUCCUCUUGUCCUGCUCCACAAAACACCUGAUGAUAAGCUGAUGCCAAUUGCUAUUCAGCUGAAGCAGACUCCAGCAGAUGACAAUCCCAUCUUCUUCCCUACUGAUUCUGAGUACGACUGGCUGCUGGCCAAGAUUUUUGUGAGAAGUGCAGAUUUCAACGAGCAUGAGCUCAACGUUCACCUGCUGCGCACUCAUCUGCUGGCUGAGGUGUUUGCAGUGUCGCUGCUGCGCAACCUGCCCAUGGUGCACCCACUGUACAAGCUCCUCAUACCUCACACUAGUGGCACUCUAGUGAUCAACAACCUGGCUCGAGCUCUGCUAAUAUCUGAGAAUGGAUUUUUCAAAAAGUAUACAGCUACUGGUGGAGAGGGGGUGACCACACUCCUGCAGAGAUCUCUGUCCUCAAUGACCUACAGCUCUCUCUGCAUACCAGAAGACAUUGCUGAGCGUGGGCUGGAGGAUGUGCCGAACUUCUACUACAGAGAUGAUGGACUCAAGCUUUGGGACAUCAUCCACAGGUUUGUGCAGGGAGUGCUCAGCUUCUACUACAAGAGUGACGUCGAGGUCCAGAAAGACUCUGAACUGCAGAAGUGGAUUGCGGAAAUUUUUGAACAUGGAUUCCUUUCCCAAAAUAGCACAGGAAUUCCUCAGAGUUUUACCACUGUGGCUGAGAUGGUCAAGUUUGUCACCAUGGUGAUCUUCACUAGCUCAGCACAGCACUCAGCUGUGAACACUGGACAGUACGACUACAGUGGCUGGAUGCCCAACAGUCCCGUCUCCCUGCAGCAUCCUCCACCAACCACAAAGGGGACAACAAGUAAGGCCACAAUGCUGCAGACAUUGCCUAACAAGGGCGCAACAGCUAACGGAAUGGCCGUCUUAUGGCUACUCAGCCAGCAGUACUCUGACUUCGUCCCUCUUGGCCAUUACACACAGGACCAUUUCUGUGAGAAGGUUCCCUGCAAGCUGAUAAAGGCUUUUCAAACAGAGCUUGAAGUGAUAAGUGCAGUAAUCGAAGCCAGAAACAAAAGUCUGGAGAUCCCAUACACAUACCUGGAUCCAGCAGAUGUUGAUAACAGUGUGGCCAUUUGAACAUCAGAAGGUGUGACCUCCUCAGCUGUCGGCCAAAAUCCAGCUGCAUGUUAACUAGCGUGAAAAAGGGAAGAACUGCAUGUUCUGUGUUGGAUUACGGAGAUCUUUUGUACAUGAAUGCUGCUGCUAAAUGUCUUAGAAUGAUUGAUACUGUUUAUCAUGCUUCUUUGAGGUUCAUUACUAACUGUAAGAUGUCCACUCACCAUUUUGAAUUAUACUCUCGGGUCGAGUGGCCUGCUCUGGCCACUCGAAGGGCUAGUCAUUGGUAUACCUUCAUUUAUAAGGCAAUAUUGAGACUGCUGCCUUCGUACAUUUGCAGUUUAAUUACUGUGAGAAAUGCAGGAUCUUAUUCUCUUCGUUCACAAGAUCAAUUGUUGCUUUCUGUCCCUUCUGCUCGUACGGAGUUGGGUAAAAGGGCAUUUGUUUACUCUGCACCUUAUGCUGGAAUAUGCGCCAGAAAGAAUGGAAAUUAACUGAAUUUGUUACUUUGAGCACUUUUUAAUCCAAACUAAGAGUUAUUGAGGCCAAUUCCAUAACAUGCACUUGUUUCUCAUGAUGUGUUUAAGGUCUGUAUGUUAUGUAAAUAUGUAACUGUAUUCUGUGUUUGCUGCCUCUUGGCCAGGGCUCCCUUGAAAAAGAGGUUCUUAAUCUCAAUGGGAUAUUCCCUGGUUAAAUAAAGGUUAAAUAAAAAAAAUAAAAAAAUGUUUUUAACUGAUAUCAUAAUGGAAAGAAACAUUCAGAUCA